AUGGAGAAGAGGACUCCUUUUGGAUUAUUACAUUUAUGUAUUCUUUUGACAACUUUGAUGGCAAUACUCCCUUGUACUCAAGGAAACUGGAUGUGGCUCGGCAUCACAUCUUUCGGUGUGCCAGAAAAGAUUGGCUGCAAUAAUUUACCGCUCAGUGCCCGUCAGAAGGAUUUGUGUAAGAAGAAACCAUAUUUAUUGUCCAGCAUCAGGGAAGGAGCAAGACUGGGAAUUCAUGAGUGCAGGAACCAAUUCAAGCAUGAAAGGUGGAACUGCUCUAUUUCACCCACCAUAACCACUUCUAGUUCAUCAUUAUCCUUAUCAAUUCUGUCUUCAUCUUUAGUUUCAGCUAAUUCAAUCUUUGGCUACGAGCUGAGCAGUGGCACAAAGGAAACAGCAUUUAUUUCUGCCGUGACCGCAGCAGGUCUGGUACAUUCAGUGACAAGAUCCUGCAGUGCCGGAAAUAUGACAGAAUGUUCAUGUGACACGAGUCUGCAGAAUGGUGGUUCUGCCAGUGAAGGAUGGCACUGGGGUGGCUGUUCAGAUGAUCUGCAAUAUGGAAUGUGGUUCAGUAGAAAAUUUCUUGAUGCCCCAUAUAAAAAUGAAAGUGGUCCAGAGUCUGAUGUAUUAAGAACAAUGCACCUACAUAAUAAUGAAGCUGGCAGACAGGCUGUGGUUAAGCUGAUGGCAGUGGAUUGUCGUUGCCAUGGUGUUUCUGGGUCAUGUGCUGUCAAGACCUGCUGGAAAUCCAUGUCUUCAUUUGAAAAGAUUGGCAGUUAUCUUAAGGAUAAAUAUGAAAGCAGCAUCCAGAUAUCCGAGAGACUGAAACGAAAGGUACGGCGUAAAGAGAAGAAUUAUCGAAAGAUUCCUAUCCGGAAAGAGGAACUUGUGUACACCAAUCGGUCUCCUAAUUAUUGUGUAGAGGAUAGGAAAUUGGGGAUAUCCGGGACCCAUGGACGGGAAUGCAGUCGGACUUCCGAUGGACCAGAUGGCUGCAACCUUCUUUGCUGUGGCCGCGGUUACAAUACACAUGUUGUUAGAAAUGUUGAAAGAUGUGAAUGUAAAUUUGUGUGGUGCUGCUACGUGCGAUGCAGACGAUGUGAAAGCGUGACUGAUGUUCAUACCUGCAAAUAAUGUUUUCCUGAAAACAAAAGAAAUCAAAAGGACAAACUUUGUUGUUUUUGCACAUUAGAGAACAACAUAUUAACUUGUUAGGGAUCACCUGGAUGUGCAUAAAUGUCACACAAGUCCGCAAUUUAAGGACUACAAUAAUGUAUAUACAUGUCCAAUACAGGUCUGUGCAUUUCUCACAGCUAAGGUCAUAGGGCAUAUGCAGGUACACAGUUGGCUUGUGAACCUCUGAACCAAUCAGGAAGACAUCAACAUAACACAGCAAACCAAUGUUCACUAUAAAACUUAUAUGCAAAAAUACUCAAGUCAAUAAAUAGCAGUAGAUACCCCUGUGUAAUUCAGUGGGCCAUGCUGGGUAAUAUAUUAACAUCCUGCUUGUAAAUAAUGUGCCCUGUGCAAGUGUCAUACACUCAUAAUCAAGAAGGAUAAAGGUGCAGUAUUAGAAGUGGCAGUCUGAAGAUGAAUAUACCAGCAGUGGGAAUUCCACAGUGCACAGAAGAUCUGAUGCUAAAUAUACAUUUCAGCUACUAUUUAAAAUGUAGCAUAAAUGUUUUGCAACUACAAUAGUUACUUAAUAAAGAGAGAUGGGAGUCAAAAUUAAACUUUCGUUAUUAGGAGAGUGAGCGCACAUGAUAAGGAGGGAGAGCACACAUGAUUAGGAGAGGGAGCGCAUAUGUUUAGGAGAGUGGGUGCAUAUGUUUAGGAGAGUGUGCGCACAUGUCUAGGAGAGUGUGUGCACAUGUUUAGGAGAGUGAGCACAUAUGUUUAGGAGAGUGUGCGCACAUAAUUAGGCGAGUGUGCGCAUAUGAUUAGGGGAGUGUGUGCAUAUGAUUAGGGGAGUGUACGCACAUGAUUAGGGGAGUGUGCGCACAUGAUUAGGAGAUUCAGCAUACAUGAUUAGGAGAGUGAGCGCAUAAUUAGGAGAAUGAGUGCACAUGAUUAGGAGAGUGUGAACAAAUAAUUAGGAGAGAGAGCGCACAUGAUUAGGAGAGUGUGCCCACAUGUUUAGGAGAGAGAGUGCACAUGAUUAGGCAAGAAAGUGCACAUGAUUAGGAGAUUCAGCGCACAUGAUCAGGAGAGUGUGCUCACAUGUUUAGAGAGAGAGCGCACAUGAUUUGGAGAAUGAGCGCACAUGAUUAGGAGAGUGUGCGCACAUGAUUAGGAGAUUCAGUGCACAUGAUUAGGAGAGAGAGUGCACAUGAUUAGAAGAUUUAGAGCACAUGAUCAGGAGAGUGUGCCCACAUGUUAAGGAGGGAGAGCGCACAUGAUUAGGAGAGUAAGUGCACAUGAUUAGGAGAGAGAGCACACAUGAUUAGGAGAAUGAGUGCACACGAUUCGGAGAGAGAGUGCACAUGAUUAGGCCAGAAAGUGCACAUGAUUAGGAGAUUCAGAGCACAUGAUUAGGAGAGUGUGAGCAAAUAAUUAGGAGAGAGAGUGCACAUGAUUAGGAGAAUGUGCCCACAUGAUUAGGAGAGUGUGCGCACAUGAUUAGGAGAGUGUGCGCACAUGAUUAGGGGAGUGAGUGCACAUGAUUAGGAGAGAGAGUGAACAUGAUUAGGAGAGUGUGUGCACAUGAUUAGGAGAGAGUGCGCAGAUAAUUAGGAGAGAGAGUGAACAUGAUUAGGAGAGAGAUUGCACAUGAUUACGAGAGAGAUUGCACAUGAUUACGAGAUACAGUGCACAUGAUCAGGAGAGUGUGCACACAUGAUUAGGAGAGAGAGUGCACAUGAUUAGGACAUGAUUACGAGAUUCAGUGCACAUGAUCAGGAGAGUGUGCACAAAUAAUUAGGAGAGUGAGUGAACAUGAUUAGGAGAGAGAUCGCAGAUAAUUAAGCGAGAGAGUGAACAUGAUUAGGAGAGAGAUCGCACAUGAUUACGAGAUUCAGUGCACAUAAUCAGGAGAGUGUGCACACAUGAUUAGGAGAGAUAGUGCAAAUGAUUAGGAGAGAGUGCAGAAUAUAUAUAUAUAUUUUUUUAUUUUUUUUUUUUAAAAAAGCAAAAAACAAAAAAAAAACAGUUUACAAAGUAUUCUUGUUGAACUUCUCUCUUUUCCAGGAGAACAUACUGAAGUAGGCUCAGGAGUGUGCAUGUGUUUGUAGGAAUGCAUAGCAGCUGUUUUUUUCCCAACAACGUUUGUAAAAAUGUUUUACACAAACUGCAGAAGACACAUGCACACUCAUGAGCCUACUUCAGAAUGCUCUCAUGGAAAGUAGCUAAGUUCCAACAAAGAAUACCAAGUGAAAGGAGUAACUUAAAUUUGAUAAUACAAUUCAAAUGGGAAGGUUUUUUGUUGUUGUUUAAUUGUACAUUGUAAUUCAUAGAACUGUAAAUCUGACUUUAAUUUCUCUUUAAGUCAUUAAAAAGUCAUCUGUGCGCUCAUAGGGCCCCAUGAUCUUUUCAGUGGACGGACAAGGUUCCUGAUUUAAGCACCAUUCUGCAAGCCUUUGCGAUGAAUGACACUGCCAGCAUAUACAAUUGCAAGGGCUCCAUAGCAGCAUCCACUACUUAGUACAUGAAGCCCAUAAUAUGUGGAAUACAAGCUAGAUUCUAGUCUUAUAAAGAUUUUUCAUAAACCUCUAUGUUCAUUUUCACAGUAAUGCCUUAUAGAAUCUAUCAUUCAAACUUAGCCACAAACAUGACAAGGGUUUAUUAUAUUCACUUUUGCAUAUAAAUUAAUCUGGAAUAAUUCACUCAUGUUCAAGAAAUGUCAUUGAUCCUAAAACUUACUCCUUUGUAACCAUGAAGGGGUUAAUGUGAAAACCUUUUUUAUUACAGUAACCAAAUAACUAAAAUCACACAAUUGCAUAGUCAUUUUUAUUUAUUUACACACAAUUGUAAUAAAUAGGGAAAAGUUGAUUUAAGUGAAUGGCACACUGGGAAAAAAAAUAACCCUAGUUUUAUGGUAAUCAUCAAGAAAAUGCUAAAGAAAAUUCAUAUUUUUGCUAAAUGGGUUUGAAGAGCAUUUAUAAAUAAACAAUUUGUUUUCAGUCAUUUUACUUAUCAGUGAGGGUAAAAUAAAAGGGACAUGAAACCAUAUUUUUUUUUCUAUUUCAUGAUUCAAGUAGAGCAUGAAUUAUUAAAAAAUCUCCCUAAUUCUAUUAUCAAAUAUUAUUCAUUCUUGGUAUCUUUUGUUGAAAAGCAGAGACUUACGCUCAGGAGCAUGCACGUGUCUUGAGCACUAUAUAGCAGCACUUAUGCAAGAAUGUUAAAGAAUGUUAGCACUAUUUCCUGCCAUGAAGUGUUCCAUUCUUACCCUGGGAACAAAGCAAAUUUAAUAGCAGAAAUAAUUUAGAAACUUUUUUGUACGCUCAAUCUGCAUCACAAAAUAAAAAUAUAGGGUUUCUUAUUACUUAAAAAAAAUGUAGCUAAACUGUUGAUACAUUUCUAGAUACUUACUAUAAGAUUGCUAUAAGUUUAUUCUUUCACAACUCCUUAAAAGGACAGAUUUUAAGAAUUUUUCUUUUAAGCCAAUCAUAGACUAAGUCACCUGAGCACAGAAAAAGCUGGUGUGGGAAAUACUGCUUUGCUUUGUGGAAUGUAAUUGUUUCUUCUCAGUAAAAAUAGAGAUGUAAUAAGUAUUGCAAAACUUAAAAGCUUUUAACAGGCUAAUGUAGUUAAAAAAGACAUAAAACACUUCUUGAUUACAAGAUCUUUUUUUCUGUAAUCUUGCUAUAAAGUAACAUUCCAACCAAGUGCAAAAACCUUCUGAAUACAUUAACAUCAUAUUUGCUACAAUGGAUUUUAAUGGCUAUACUCUCCACACCACUUCUCUUAUUUGGAAGAGUUAAUCCAGAUUUGUUACUGGAGAAGACAAAGCUUGCCACAGUCAUUUUGUUUGCAAAACAUGCAUUUAAUUGUUGUAUCUUAUCUGAUGCUAACAUGCUAUUUAAAAAAUCUAUAUAUGUAUAUACAACUCUGUAUACUAUUUUAAUGUACAGCAACUUGUGUGUGCUGUGAUGCACCCCAAGAAAAUGUUUUAUAUCCCAAGAAUUAUUUAGUGUAGAAAAUUAGAGCAGCUUAAAAGUUCUUAAAAAGAAACAAACAACAAAAAAAGUAAACAAAAAAUAUUUUUUAGAAAUAAUAAAAUUGAUCAUAUUAUUCAGUUUUGUAUUUAUAU